AUGGCGGCGCUGCCGCUGCUGCUGCCGCUCGCGCUGGCGGGCGCUCCUCCGGCGCCCCACGGGCCCGCCGGAACCCAGGCGGCCUCGCUGGGGCCGCUGGCCCCAGCGCGCCCCGCGGCCUUCGAGGCGCUGCCCCUCUCCCUGGGCGUGCGGGUGCGCGGCGGCGCCGUGGCGGCGCUGCUCCCGCGCGGCACGCCGCUGCCCGCGAGCGCCACGGCGCUGUUCACCACCACCGCGGAGCGCGCCGCGAGGGUCCAGCGUGAAGCCAUUAUCUUCAAAGGUUUGGAUGUGGCUGCUGGCGUGCUGGCUCCAGGCUUCGCAGCGCACUGGGAGCAGCAGGUGGCGCUUGCUCAAGGCAUUGCCGCUGCGGGAGGGGAAACAGGAGGCGGCGCAGAUGGAGAGGGCGAGAGCGGUCCUGAAGUGGAGCCCAGAUUUGGAGAAGCAGACCUGGGGGAGCUGGCGGGCAAGAUCACGGCUUCCGAGGGCGACCAGGCCCCGGUUUGGUCGCUGAUCCUUGCCUCGCGGCUGACGGCAUAUGAGGUGCGCAAUUUCCUGGCUUCGGACAGCCAGCCCCACGCGUGGUUCGAGCUCUGCCUCGGGGAGCGCCCGGUGGCGAGCGGCAACCGGCUGCUCGCGAGGCUUCUGCCCCGCUGCACCGCCCUGCUGGAGCAGUUCAAGCCGCAGGAGGCCUCGUCGGUGCUGCUGGCCGCCUCCAAGAUCUUCGGUCGCAGCCACCCCGGCGGCAGCGAGGAGGGCGCGGCGCCGCCGCCCGCGGGCCAGCCUGGCGAGCACGUGCAGCACCCUCAGGAGGUCUUGAUGUUCUGCGAAUGCGUCGAGCGGUGGGCGUCGCCGCGCGUGCGGACUUUCUCGGACCAGUCGCUGACCAACAUCCUGGUGGCCCUGGGCACGCUGGGUCUGAGCGGGCGGAGGGCGCUGACGCCUGCGGUCGAGCAGGAGGUCUUGGAGCGCGCCCCGCACCUCCCGGCCGGCAGAUUCAUCGUGCUCUUCAGGGGCCUGCUCUCCAACCCGGCCGUGGAGCCGACCGUCCUGCAGCGCGCCGCCGGGAUGAUGGCGGAGAAGUUCCCGCUGCUGCCACAGGACCGGUGGUCGCUCGCCCGCGUCUUCUCCGCGCGGAGGUCCACGGCGAACAUGACGGAGGAGCAGCUCCUCAAUUGGUGCCUGACCAUGUCUACCGACUUGCAGGUCGCCGUGCAGCAGUCCGCGUGCUGCGGCGGGGGCCCGCCGGCGGACGACCUGGGCUGCGAGGAGCCCCCCGGCCCGUCCGCGGGACGACCCCGCUAUGCGGCCGGCGAGACGCACUUCGAGGGCUCCGACCAGCAGGAGGGGGCGGCGGCCUUCGGCGGCGGCGGCCCCCCCGUGGCCGACGGCCUCGGCCACCACGCGUGCGGCGGGCCCGCGUGCGGCGCUGGCGGCACGCUGCCCCAGGCCGGUGCCCUCCACGGCGGCGCCGACUUCAACGGGUGCGCGCAGCCCUCUCGCGGGCCGCCACAGCAGGCGUGCUUCGAGGCGGGCCGCUUUGGGCAGCCGGCAGCCUGGGCGCCGGGCAUGUCCGGCCCGCCCUACGAGCGGGAGGCGUGGCCGCCGCAGCAGUCCGCCGCCCACCCGGCGCCCCAGAUGCCGGAGAGGCACUUCGGCUCCCGGGCUCCCAGCGGCGCGCACGACGGGCGCUUCGAGUGUGAGGCGUGGCCGCCGCAGCGGGCCCCUGCCGAGGCGCCGGCCUGGGAAGACCGGGCGUGGCCCCGGUCGCGCGCGGACUUCCGUGGGCCCGCCGAGUCGCCGCCGGCCCACCAGGCGGUCGGCCGCUCGAGCGGCUUCUCGGUGCUCCUGACGUCGGGCGGCGCGGCUCGGUCCGUCGGCGACAACGCCUUCGGCCAGCUGGGGGACGGCUCCACCGAGAGCAAGGGGAGCCUGGUGACGGUGAUCGACGACGGGGUGCGAGCCGUCAGCACUGGCAGCGGCUACUCCGCUUUCCUGCUGGCAGACGGCGGGGUCCUGACGGUAGGAAACAACCAGCUCGGCCAAUUGGGCGAUGGCACCACCACAACGAGAAGCACGCCACAGAGCGCGCUUAUCGAAGACGUGUCUGCAAUUUCCGCGGGACAGUGGCACCUGGUCUUCCUGAGGUAUGAUGGCACAGCGUGGGCUACAGGAUGGAACACACUGAUCAAUGCGGGAGCCUUGGGCGACGGCACAAAUGAUGCGGGAGUGUCGAGCGACCGAGCAAUGCCGGUGCAGGUGCAGUCUGUCACUGCUGUGCAGGCAAUCUCCGCGGGCAAGUCGCACACGCUGUUCCUCCGCGCGAACGGUGACGUUUGGGGGACUGGCCAGAACUGGCAAGGCGAGCUUGGCCUCAACAACAACGAUUCGCCUCUGUACUCGCCUGUGCGCAAUACUUAUGUAGACGGCGUGCAGGCCAUCGAGGCUGGGGAGGGAUGUUCAUUUUUUGUCAAAGCGAGUGGCGAGGCGUGGGCUUCGGGGUCCAACGCAAAUGGCCGGCUCGGUGAUGGCACCACGCAAGACAGAUACAGUCCAGUGCUGGUGCUGAGUGGUGUGCAGAGCGUCUCGUCCCUGAAUGAGCACACGCUCUUUCUGAAAGCAGACGGCCUGGUUUAUGCAAGUGGGGGAAACGCGUAUGGCCAACUGGGGACUGGGCGCUACGGCGAUGAAUACGAGCCUGUCAAAGUCGCGGUGGACCAUGUGAUUAGCGCAGUUGCGGGAGAAUACCACAGUUUCUUCUUGGCGAGCAGUGAUGCCAACACCGAACUGCCUUGCACUGCCGGCACAUCGGUCUUCGUGAGCGGGCUGUCUAUCGACCUCGAGAUGUGGCUGGCGCACCAAGGUCAGCGAAGCCUUCGAUGCCCCGAAGGCUUCCUCGGCUCCGUGGAGGUUGAGUGCUGGAAUGGCGAGCUCAGCGUUACCGAGGAUCAUUGCAGUAUGUCUACGGCGGCUCCGACACCUGCCCCGACCCCGGCGCCGACGGCCGUCAGUUGUGAGCCAGGCACGGUGGCCACCGGCGCACCGGCCAACAUGGAGGGAGUAGAGGCCGUGCUGCCGGCACCGCUGCCGCACUUGGGGCAGGCAAUCGUUCCUUGCUCCGAGGGCUACAUCGGCGCGGCGAUCUUGGAGUGCUCGGAGGGUGCCGUUGCAGUUGUAGAUAAUCUUUGUGAAGUCAUUCCUGCUGGGGUUCCUACACCAGCGCCGCUCCUGGGAUGUGGGCCCGGCGAAUCGGCAAGCGCAGAAGGCGCCGAGGUCGUUCUGGCAUCACCGCUGGCGCAUCUGGGAAUGAGGGUCGUGGCCUGCUCCGAUGGCUACGUCGGCGCGGCGGUCGUGGAGUGCUCGGAAGGCGCCAUUUUCUUCGUGGAGAACAGCUGCGUGGCCGCGCCCUCGCCAGCUCCGACGGCAGCGCCGACUCCGUCGCCAACGGCCGCUGGCUGUGAGCCUGGCGAGGUGUCCACUUCGGUGGGCGUAGAUGUCAGUGUGGCCUCCGCCCUGCCGCAUCGGGGAGUGAUCAUCGCCCUAUGCCCCAGUGGCUACGUCGGCACAGCGGUCGUGGAGUGCUCGGAGGGCGCCCUCACGGUCCUGCAGAGCAGUUGCGCAGUCGCUUCAACGCCAGCGCCCACAUCAGCGCCGACCCCAGCGCCGACGGGCGCGAGCUGUGAGUCUGGCGCUGCGGCGAGCACAGAAGGCGCCGAGGCCGUGCUGACAGCACCCCUGCCGCAUCACGGGCUGAAGAUCGUUCCCUGCUCCGAGGGUUACGCCGGGGCGGCAGUCGUGCACUGUUCGGAGGGCGUCCUCGAGUUUGUAGCCAGCACUUGCGUCGAGGUCGUGACUCCCGCGCCAGCUCCGUCUGAGCCGCCCACCCCUGCGCCGACCAGCACCAGCUGUGCGCCUGUCGACUUGACCAGCGAGGCCGGUUUGGUCACGCCGCUGCUGGAGCGUGGGCUGACGAUCGUUUCUUGCGCAGAGGGCUAUGUCGGCGCAGCGGUCGUUGAGUGCUUGGCGGGCGACGUCCGGAUUGUACAGAACAACUGUGUGGCCAACCCCACGCUGGCUCCAACUGGGGUCCCGACCCCAGCGCCGACGGCCGUCGACUGUGAGCCUGGCGAGACGGCCAUCGCGGAGGGCGCGGAGGUCAAUCUGACAGAACCUCUUCCGCACCAGGGUCUGGCGGUCGUUUCGUGUUCUGAUGGCUACCGCGGCGCAGUAGUCGUAGGGUGCUCGCAGGGAGCCCUCGAAGUUGUACAGAAUACUUGCGUAGCCGCUCCCACACGCACUCCUACAGUGGCCCCGUCUCCGGCACCGACAGCCGCCAGUUGCGAACCUGGCGAAGUGACCGUCGCGGAGGGCGCCGACGUCAACUUGACAUCUCCCCUGCCGCACCAGGAGAUGCGAGUUGUUCCCUGCUUCAGUGGCUACGUCGGCGCGGCGGUGGUGGAGUGCUGGGAGGGCACCCUGAAGCUUGUAGAGAACAGCUGCGCCGCGGGCUGUGCAUCUGGCCAGGUGGCCGCCGUGGCGGGCGACGAGGUUGUGCUCACGGCGCCGCUGCCUGAGCACGGGCGGAGCAGUCUGGCGUGCCCCGCCGGCUCCCUCGGCACUGUCGUCGUGGAGUGCUCGGAGGGCGCGCUCCGCGUCGUGGACAGCAGCUCCUGCUCGGCCCUCUCGGCCAGCCCGGCGCCGACGGCCGCGGGCUGCGCGCCCGGCCCCGUGCUUGGGCUGCAGGCGGGCGAGGUGGUCCUCCCGGUGGAGCUGCCGCCCGGCGGGCAGCGCAGCGUCGCAUGCCCGCGGGGCCUCGUCGGCGCUGCGGUGGUGGCGUGCACGGGAGGCGGCCUCGGCGUCGUGCGCCACGACUGCGCGGUGGCACCGUGGGUGACCACGAUCACCCUGGAGCCUGCCGCGUCGGGGGCGACGAUUGUCGUUGUUGCCUCGGAGGCCGGGCUCGCCGUGGGCGACCAGAUCCGCAUAUCCAGCAGCGGGCGCUCGGAGGUCAGGACCAUCGCCGGCUUCGGAAGCAUCAUCCUGGACUCGCCCCUGACGUACGCGCAUCCGCAGGGCGCCACGGUGGAGAAGCUGCCCGACACCGAGGGGGGCCCGGAGGUCACAGGGCACCUGGCCGGGGCAGAGACCAUCAUUGUCACCCUGGCGACCGCCCUGGCCCUCGCUGUCUGCUGCUGCGUGGCCGUGACGGCGUGCUGGCAGCGGGAGCGGAGGCUGAGGGCCCCUUGCAGGGAGGAGGCGGCGGGCCUGAGGGAGCUUCGUGAAGAGGCCGAAACUGCGGCACCCGAGCCGGGGGCGAAGCUGAUGAGCCCGUGCAGCGGGGAGGGGAGGGCGGACCAGGCUGGGGGUCUGCGGGCGGAGCGGCGUCUUCUCGGGGAGCCACCGGCCGCUCGCGGGCGAACGCUCCUGGAGCUCCAGGCUUCCUCCCCGAAGAGCUGCAGCAAAAUCUCCGACCACCUCUCUUGCCUCGACGCCUUCCCAGGCCUCGCCGAAGAGAGGCUCACGCACCCGAGCUUGGGGACCGUUCCCACGUACUUCCCAGAAGGGAGUGUCUCCUACCUCUGA